CUACGCACGGGUGAGCCGAAGCCGCUGCUGGUGGCGGCCGCAGGAGGCGGUCGGGCGUACUUGAAGCGGCAGGACCGAGGGGGUACUCAGAUCACCGCCCAGAAACUAGAGAGCCGCUCGGUGGCGCCCAGGAGCAGCUGAAGAGGCGGGGCGGCAGGUGCAGGGAGCGGCUGGACCUCGCAGGCUCCCCAUUCCCCACCGGCGAGUCAGCGAGGAAGGGGUCGGGGCAGCCAGGGCAACGCGGAGGUCUGGGCUAAGCUUGGCUGGGUGGCAGCCGGCGGCUUCGCCGGAGGCCGCGGGGCCAGGACUGCGAGGGGGGCGGCGGCAGCGAUCUGCCAAUGCCAGGCCGAGCUCCAGUUGGCCAACUGCAUGUGCCCAGAGGGCAUGGAGCUGGCUGCAGAUGACGUCACCUGCAUGGCUACCAGGGAAGCCCUUCUCCCUCUCUGGACUCUGCCAGAAUUCUGCUGUCCACAGGAUGAGCUGGAUUUCCUCACUGAGGCGCUCAUCAUGGGUGAGUUCAGCCAUCAGAACAUCAGAAUAUGUGAGUGCAUCAGGGCUACCUCUGGCCUAAUUCUGCUGGAGUUGGUGUCUGGAGGGGACAUGAAGGGUUUCCUGAGUCAGAGCCAGCUGCAGCUGGCCCAGCCAUCACCUCUGGCCAUGCAAGACCUCCUCCAGCUGGCUCAGGACAUAGCCGAGGUUUGCUACUACCUGGAAGAAAAUCACUUCAUCCGCAGGUCGGAGAACUGCCUGCUGAGCUGCACUGGAUCCAGCCAAGUGGCCAAGAUUGGAGACUUCUGGAUGCAAGCAAUAUUUACAGGUGUAGGACCUGGGCAUUUAUUACCACAAGAGGGGCCCAGGCUCUGCAGGGGGCCCCCAGAAGCCUCCCUGGAGGGCAUCUUUGCAUCCAAGACAGACUCCUGGUGAUUUUAAAUGCUGCUCUGGGAGAUCUCACUGGGCUAUAUGCCCUGCUCUGGGUGCACCAGUCAGGAGGUGCCGACUGUGUCAUGGGGCAGGGGAGUGGGGGGUUGGCAAUGAACUCCUCUCCCCAGGUACUGUAUCAUGACUCAGUGUUGACAGCAUCCUGAACUUUGCCCUCGUUUUGCCAGCAUCUUGGAGCAUCUUCAGUACAGCACUCAGAACCCUGUUGUGCUGAAUUCACCCCUUUCAAUUGAAUUAACCCAUCAUGGAGCAGGACGGCUGGGGAGCCUGUCUUUGGUGGGCCUAAGAUCUCCACAGGCCCAGGAACUGAGUCUAGGGAGCUUGAAGAACUGGGGAGGGAGCCUCCUUGGUCCCCAGCUGCCUUUUGGCCUCAAGCCCCCUGAAUCCAGGAGUAACCAACCUUGGAACCUUUGGAAUCUCACCGGUGGCUCCUGGGUGCCACAGGGUCCUAAGGGUGAGGACUCUGGCACUGAUGGUGACAGUUCCUUCCUGCACUCCUCCCCAGGCUUCCAGGCGGCUUGUGUCCCAUGUAGCCUCUGUCUCCUGCAGUCUGGGCUGCAUGUCUGGGCCUGUCUCAGGGCUGGCCUGGCACCACUGAACUCUCCAUCCUGGAAACCAGUCUCAGGCCUCCUGGGCAAGAGCCUGGCCACUCCCAGCCUUUGA